GCGGGGCGCGGGUCACCGCGGCGAUGGCAGGCGGCAGCAUCCUCCUGCGGCUCCGCCGGUGCGCAGCCCCCGCUCCGCGCCCGCUCAGCGCCCUGCGCCCCGCCGCCCCCGCGCCGCUGGACGCGCUGCCCGGGCCCCCGAGCUGGCCGCUGAUGGGCAGCCUGCCGCAGGUGCUCUGGAAGGGGGGGCUCAAGAGGCAGCACGACACCCUGGCUGAGUACCAUAGGAGGUUUGGCAAGAUCUUCCGCAUGAAGCUGGGGGCUUUCGACUCGGUGCACAUCGCAGCCCCCUGCCUCCUGGAAGCCCUGUACCGCCGGGAGAGCGCCUGUCCCCGGCGCCUGGAGAUCAAGCCCUGGAAAGCCUAUCGGGACUAUCGCGAUGAGGGAUACGGGCUGCUGAUCCUAGAAGGAAAGGACUGGCAGAGGGUAAGAAGUGCCUUUCAAAAGAAAUUAAUGAAGCCCAGGGAAGUUGCAAAACUGGAUACCACAAUCAAUGAGGUCCUGGAGGACUUUAUGCACAGAAUAGAUGAUAUUUGUAACCGCAGUGGACAAAUAGAAGAUGUCUAUUCAGAAUUCAACAAAUGGUCAUUUGAAAGUAUCUGCCUGGUGCUGUAUGGAAAGAGAUUUGGUCUCCUACAGCAGGAAGUAGAAGAAGAAAGUUUGAACUUCAUCAAGGCUGUAAAAACGAUGAUGUCUACUUUUGGGAUGAUGAUGGUAACCCCCGUGGAACUUCACAAGGGUCUGAACACAAAAGUCUGGCAAGCCCAUACUAAAGCAUGGGAUGAUAUAUUUAAAACAGCCAAGUAUUCAAUUGACCGUCGACUGGAAAAACAUUCUGCAAACCCUCGGGAGGAUUUCCUGUGUGACAUCUAUUCUGAAGGACAACUUUCCAAGAAGGAGCUGUACGCUACCAUCACAGAGCUCCAGGUUGCCGGAGUUGAAACGACAGCCAACAGUUUACUGUGGGCUUUGUAUAACAUUUCACGCAAUCCACAUGUUCAGCAGAAGCUUUUCCAGGAAAUACAGAGUGUUUUGGGUGCUAAUGAGAAUCCAAGUGCUGAGAACUUGAAGAAUAUGCCUUACCUUAAAGCAUGUCUGAAAGAAUCCAUGAGAUUAACACCAUCGGUGCCGUUUACCACUCGAACCAUCAACACAGAAAUGGUUAUAGGAGAUUAUGUACUGCCCAAAGGGACCGUAUUAAUGAUAAAUAGCCAUGCCCUGGGUUGCAAUGAAGAGUACUUUAAUGGCUGGACCCAGUUUAAACCGGAGCGCUGGUUUCAGAAGAACUCCAUAAAUCCAUUUUGUCAUGUUCCCUUUGGCAUCGGGAAGAGGAUGUGCAUCGGGCGCCGCGUCGCAGAGCUGCAGCUUCACUUGGCCCUUUGCUGGCUCAUUCGCAAAUACCAAAUUGUUGCAACUGACAACAAACCAGUAGAAACACUCCAUUCAGGAAUACUGAUUCCCAGCCGGGAGCUUCCCAUUGCAUUUCACAGACGAUAAGCUUGCAGAAAGUAAAUCAGAAACCUGCUGCUGCCUCCUCUGAAAAAAUAGACAUCGCCUGGGAAAGUAAAAGCCUAUGGUAACCGGUGGAGAAACUACAACACGUCCUUGAACAAUUGCUGAGCCAGAAAUAGUACCAAGAAAACCUCCCAUACUGUUUUAUUGGGCAAAUGUGGUUGGCUAGUUGGGCUGUACUUAGUAAUGGUAAGAGGAGAGGAAAAUAUUAUGCACAUUCAAAUACCUGUGCAAAUAUACUGAUUGAGUGCCGCUGAGGGACUGUGCAGGCUAGAGCUGGGUGACAAGCCGUGGAGUGUUCAGGUGUAGUUCUUGUUAGCACUCAAGGGAAUUGUUACAGCCUCAAGCUGUUCAAUGAGGAAGCUUGGAAUGAGCUGGUUUCCUGUUGGUGGAUAUCAUCUAGGACAACUGGGGCAACCGGUCACAGCAUAACUGGCCCUGUUAGCUUGGAGUUGAAGAGCUUUUAGAAGUCAGCUUAAGGGAAAAGAAACUAGCUUAGUCCUUAUCAAAUUAGCAAUAUUCUGAGUCCAACUGAGGAGUAAGAUGGUAGUCUGUAAUAAGGUUAAUAACAGGGCUUAAAGAUAAUGAAAGAAGUAUACUUUUCCUGAGGUUACCAACCUACUUAAUAAAAGGGAAAUAAGGACAAAGGCAUAUAAUAGGAUUUAUUCCUCAUGCCUGCACAGUACUUUGGUUUGAACAGUUGCAAUGCUGUUCCUGCCACAUACUCUUCUCCUACCCAUAGAGUUUUGUGCCUACAACUCCCACACAAACCAUUCUUUCACAUCGUUAUUGUAAAACCUUAGUGGUCUUUUAUUGCAUGAAAGGCCUUAUCCAUGAACGGAAUCACUGGAAUCCUAUGGGUUCUGCCACUAUUAAAUGAUGGUUAUCCUAAGAGGAUAGUUACUUCAUCAGAUGAGUAAUAUAAAGUGUAUGUUUCAAAGAACCGCAAGAAAUAAGGAUCCCAGACAUUGUGAAGGGGACUAUUUCUUGUGGAGACUUCAUUAGCUGUAUCUACAGGUUAAAGUUGUCACUGCCCGGCAUGCAAUGCUCUAUGUCACCUGUUGUGGUCACUAGUGUAUUUUUCCCAUAUUGCAGUUCAAGUACAGGUUUACAUAUGUAAAACAAUGAAUGGUUAUUUUUAUUUUUUUUCAUUCUGAAAUGAUGCAAAUUCUUAGCAUUUGUUGGUUUGUCUCCUGUGGGGUUUUUUUUGUUUUCCUCUGCUGUUAUGCCCAGACAUGUAAAUGUAGCCGUUUUACCGUGUGUAAAGCAAUUUGUGCAUUAUCUGAACCGUUCUA